AUGCACGUACUGAAGGAUUUGACUGUGGCGAUGAGAUUGGUAAAGCAUUUGAUGAAUUUCUUGAAGUAUGGAGAACCGGAAAAAUUAUAUACUGAAAGAGAUGAAAAAACUAAGAGUGAAUUUUGGUUGAAUAAUGAUGUUCCAGAGCUUCAAGAAAAUAUUGCUUAUCAUGAUUUAGCUUCAUUUAUGGCAUUCGCUUCAGAAUCUGUUAAUGAUUUAAAUAAACAUCUAAAAAAGGAAGGUGAAUGUAUUAAUUCUCGAAAUUUUCGUCCAACUUUAGUAAUAUCUGGUUUGCCUCCAUAUGAUGAGGAUAGUUGGUUACGUGUUAAGGCUGGAGAUGCAGAAUUUAUUUGUUAUAAACCUUGUACUCGUUGUGUUUUGACAACUGUAAAUCCAGAUUCAGGAGAAAAAAGUCCAAAAAUGGAGCCAAUAAAAAUAUAUAGACUUGCACCUGGCAAAUUAUACGAGAUAUAUAAGGAAAGUCCAAUAUUUGGUGUUAAUAUGACUAUUGUUAAACCUGGACGUGUUCGUAUUGGAGAUCCUGUAUGGAUUCAAUAUAAGCCUAAACCUUUUUAA